GCCGCCGCGAGCGCACGUCGCCGUGUCGCCGGUGGCCGUCGGACUCGCAGCGGCCGCCGGCCGUGCCCCUGGCCAUGUUCUGAUCGCGCCCGCAGCCGGCGGCCGGGCGCAGCGCGCGGCAGGAUGGCGGCCCCGGCCGAGCCGGACCUGUCGCACCUCACUGAGGACGAGCGGCGCAUCAUCGAGAUGGUGAUGGAGCGCCAGCGCCGCGAGGAGGACAAGGAGAACGAGGUGGUCAGGAGGAAACAGGACGAGGUGCGGCUCCUGGAGGACCGCAUCCGACAGCGCGGGGAACAGCAGCGCAAGGCGGGCGUCGAGCUGGACGCCACCUGCCAGAUCUGCCUCAAGACCAAGUUCGCGGACGGCAUCGGGCACACGUGCAACUACUGCUCCAUCCGGUGCUGUGCCAAGUGCAGCGGCAAGGUCACUCUGCGCUCCGGCAAGGUAAUAUGGGUUUGCAUCCUAUGCCGAAAGAAGCAGGAGCUGCUGAUCAAGACGGGCAAGUGGAUCCAGGGCGGCAUGGGCUCUCACAGCGACGACAUCCGGCGCAGGAUGGAGGCGGACCUGCGCUCGGAGGCGGCCACACCCACCUCGGAGGCGGAGCGCGGCCGGAUGGGGCUGCACCGCACCUCCAGCCUGCAGGGCCGCGAGCUCUCGCGCGCCGGCAGCCUGCAGGGCCGCGAGCUGCGCCGCCAGUACUCGCACGACCGGCCGCCUCCGGAGCCGUCCCGCGCGGCCGCCGGCUCCUCAGCAGCGGCCGCCGCCGCAGCCGCCGCGGCGGUGCGCGGACGGCCGGGCGGCGAGCGCGCCAGCUCGGCGUGCGGCUACACACGCCGACUGCUACCCGAGAGUGCCGACGAGCUGCGGCCACUGUACCCAUCCGACGAGCUGCGGCGCACCCACCUGGACACGCCCGGCCGGCACCGCAAGAUCGAGGUGCGCACUGACUCUCUGAGCUCGGACCAGUCCGAGUCGGUACGGCCGCCGCCGCCGAAGCCGCACAAGCACCGCCGGCGCACGCGGCAGCACUCGGUCAGCUCCAGUGACGACGAGAUCCGCUCGACGCCCGAGUGCACCAGCGGUGGCGAGGAGGAGGUGGAGAGCACUGAGAGUAUCUCUGAGAAAGGAGAGUUGGACUACUAUGAACGACCACGGUCCAGAGCUGGCAUGGGCGACGCGAGAGCCCGCACUGAAAAACGAAAGAAAGUCGUGAGAUUUGACGGGUACACGGGCCCCGGUCCCGGCGACUUUGAGGAACAAACUUCUCAGGAAUCUCAAACUAGAGACUCUGGCAUCGACCUUGCAAGCUGCCUCACAUCCAGCGAAGAAUCGUGGAAAACUGAAAGCCCAAAGCACCCAGUAACAUGGCAGCCGAGUGCGGACGGCUCACGCCUCGUGGGCCACAUGAUCCUCAAGAAGGCGGUCAAGGAGGCUGCCGGCGGUCAGAGUGCGUCUAGCGCGGCCAUCCUCGGCCUCAAGGUCGUCGGAGGGAAGCGCCUCAGCGGCGACCGGCUGGGAGCGGCUAUCGAGCGGGUCAAGAAGGGCAGCAUCGCCGACAGCGUCGGUCACCUGAGGCCAGGUGACGAAGUGAUAGAGUGGAACGGACGAUCGCUACAGGGAAAGACGUUCGAGGAGGUGUACGACAUAAUUGCCGAGUCUCGCCAGGAGCCUCAGGUGGAACUGAUCGUGUAUCGCACCCUGGCGGAGGGACGACGAAGGCACACGCACGCAGGCAUUCCUUCCAGUCAGCCAGCGUUCGCGCCGGUGGAGCCGCGGCCAAGGCGCAGUGACCCGGCGCGCAGUGACCGCGACCGGCGACCCAGUGUGACCGUGACCUCUCCGGGGUCACCCGACAGCAGGGCACACCACCCGAGGCCCAGCGUCGAGAAUAUCGGCGGAAAACUGCAGGCCAAACUGUGGUAUGACUCGAGGACGCUGAAACUGAUCGUCACCCUCCUCUGUGCCGUCGACCUGGUGCCGAGAGAAUCGGGUCACCUGAGGAACCCGUACGCCAAGGUUUUCCUCCUGCCCGACCGCAGUGAAAAAUCGAAGCGGCGCACCAAGACGCUCGCCAACACGCUCGAGCCACGCUGGGGUCAGUCGCUGAUCUACUCGACGAUCCGGCGCUCGGAGCUGCAUAGCCGGCACCUAGAGAUCACCGUCUGGGACUACGACCGGUUCGGGUGCAACGACUUCCUCGGCGAGGUGCUCGUCGAGCUGGGCACGCACCCGCUGCGCAAUGAGCCAGAGUGGUUCCCGCUCACCAUACCCGAGGAUUUCAACCUGCACACGCGGCACGGCAUGUAUAUAGACUUUGACCGGGCGUCGACGACCGCCUCUACGGACCACCUGUCCCCUCCGAGUACCACGUCGCGCCUCUCUGAGAGCGACACUUCCGACGUCGACGUGGACGAGUGUCGGCGCGGCGCCGGCGCCGACAGCAGCUCGUGCAGCCCGCCGGUCUCGGAGCGCGGCGAGCGGUCAACGCGCCGCGACUUCGGCGCCGCCGGUGGACACCGCGCCCGCUCCGGCACUGUCGUCACGCGAGACGAGAUGCUCUAUCAGCGCGGCGCCGGACGACAGGAGCCGGUGCCGUACGCGGACGGGCGGAGUCGCUCUCACUCGGCCGCGCCCUACACCAGCUCCGGCCUCUCGGACCGCGAGCGCAGCAUGUCUCCGCCCAAACGGCUGCCGAGCCGGUCCUAUCAGCUGGAACCGUCCCACCACAGUCACCUGGAGUCGGUCGGCAGCAGUCCCAAGAAGCGCCAGCUGCCGCAGCUCCCCACCGCUCGCACCUUCGGCAGAGAUCACCUGCCGGCUGAUGUGGAGACCCGCGCGCGCCAGCUGCUCCGGUUACAGCAGGCCGGUGGCGGCGGGGGCGGCGGCGGCCCGGCGCGCCAGAGUCGCCACUACGCCAUCUCGGACUCGGAGCUGGCGGGGGCCGGCGCCGAGCGCACGGCGCGGCGCGCGCUCGGCAGGCGCGGCAGCUUCUUCUCGCCCGAGAACGAGCAGGACAGCGCCAGCGACCGGGAGAGCGACACCAGUGCCUUCAGCAGCCAGAGCGAGCAGCCACUCGGCACGCGCAAGAGCAGGUUGGCUCACACCGCUUGGCAGCAUUCUUCCUUUUCUUCGCACGCCCCGUCCAACCUCCCGUCAGCGUCUAACCACACAGGGGGCCGAUACCCGCGGGGCAGGUCGCUGGACGGCGCCCGGCGCGGCCCCGGCCCCGGCUCGGCGCACUGGGACUACCCGGAGACGGACGGCGCGCUGGCCGCCGAGCGGCGCGCCCGCGGCUCCACCGAGCAAGUGGCCCGACAGCGCGGACUGGAGCGCGACUUCAAGCGUGAGCGGCGGAAGUCGCUGCGGCAGUACAGCUCGGUGCCCGAGUUUGGCAGCGGCGGCACGUCCAGCCGGACGGCGCCGCCGCCGCAGCCGCGCCGCACCCUGCCGCCGGCGGGCCGGGCGCGCGCCGCGCGGUCCGACGCGCCGGCAGGAGGCGGCUCCUCGCGCGGCGCGACGGCCGCCGCCGGCGAGCGGGCACCAGCAGUGACGGACGCGCCGCCGGCCGCGGCCAGUGGCUCGUCGGCGACGGUGAACAGUGUCAGUGCGCGCGGCGCCGAGACGAAGGCGGCCCCAGUGAACAGUGCCGCCGCCAAAGUGCCGGUCGUGAAGCGCGGGUCGGACGACUUCGGUGACGCGUUCAAAGACGAUGACCUGUUCGAUCUGUCGGACUUCAUCGCGGCCGACGGCGACAGUGGAGGUAACGAUGUUUCCCCUUCCCCUAGCGAGCGUGGCGGCGGCGCCGGCAGCCGGACCGCCCUGGGACGCAGCGCUUCAGCCGACGUGCCAGAAAAGACAGAGAGCCUGAGUGACACGGCCGUCAGCCGCGGGGACCUCCUGCCCCCGGGAAAGGCGUCCGGCGCCGGCGGCAUGGGCAAGAAGAGCAGCUCCACGUCCCAGCUCUCGACCGCAGGGCGUAAGAAGCGACUCAAGUUCGGUUCACGCGGCAAAAACUCGUUCACGGUGCACCGUAGCGAGGAGGUGGUGCACCUGGUGAACAAACAGCUGAGCUCGCAGAGCUCGGACGGCGAGCUGGAGGAGCUCUCGGACCGCUCUGACGUCAGCAGUGCUACAUCGGCCCGCUUGGUACCCGGUAUGCGGGUACCAGAGGGUCACAUUGCCGACUUCAUCGAGGGCCUCGGGCCAGGCCAGCUGGUCGGUCGCCAAAUGCUGGCCAGUCCGUCCCUGGGCGACAUCCAGCUGUCCAUGUGCGACCGAAAGGGCAACCUGGAGGUGGAGGUGAUCAGAGCGCGCGACCUCCAGGCCCGGCCCGGCUCCAGGGUUCUUCCAGCUCCUUACGUAAAAGUUUACCUGGUGGACGGCAAGCGGUGUCUAUCCAAGGCCAAAACUACCACGGCGCGGCGGACGCUGGACCCGUUCUACCAGCAAACUCUGGUCUUCACAGAAAAAUACGCCGGCUGUGUGCUCCAGGUCACAGUCUGGGGCGACUAUGGCCGCAUGGAGGGCAAGAAGAUCUUCAUGGGUGUGGCUCAGAUCAUGCUGGAUGACCUGGACCUGUCCAACAUUGCCAUCGGCUGGUACAAACUGUUCGCCACCAGUUCGCUGGUCAGCGUGCCGCCCGCGCCCACCUCAAAGCCGGCCGAGACGGCGUUCAGCUAGGCCGAUCGCCUCUGUGACGGCGGUCGGACGAGCCGCCUGGCCUGCACCCGCCCGGAGAGAGAGCGAGAGAGAGGGAGAGUCUGGGAGUGUGUGUGAGAGAGAGGGAGUCUGGGAGCGACGAGCUGCUGCACUGCGUGCCACACUGACCAGACCCACACCGAAGGAAGGUCAUAGCUUUAAUAUUGUGACGCAGAUGCGCGCUCAAACUCACAUAUACCCAAACUAAAGACUACAGAUGCCUACGUGAUCUCCGGCCGUUGGUUCUCGUUGGUUUGUUGGCCGUUGGUUUUGUAUGUCGCCCACUACUGUGCCGUUGGUUGAGUUGUGUAUCCUCUGCGGUCCGAGCUCACUUGGACUGGCGGAGAGCAAGAGUGAGCGAGUGAGCGAGUGAGAGCGAGCGAGCGUCAGGGUCCACUCGCCCGGGGUCCGGCGGCUGGACCUGGUCGCUGGCGGCGGCGGCGGGCGGCCCGACCGAGCCUGGGUCGCUCUCCCCCGACCGAGGCGCGGUGCCGCCCGCGCCGCCGCCGACGCAGCUGACCCGACCUGACCUGCAAGCACGCACAGCCGCGCCCACCCGAUUCGACCAAUCAAAACGGCCGUGCAGCUGCUGCCGGGCGGCAGUGGUUGCAGGUGGCGCCCCGGUAGGGCGGCCGGCGGCACCUCGGCCGAGAGGUGCCGCACCGGCUCGGUGACGGCACACCCACCGCCGCCGACUGACGACUUUGUAUUGAUGUACAUCACGUACACCUCUGCUGUAAAAUAUAUACUAAUUCUUACCAUUUUA